CGUAAUUUCGCAAAGCUGCAGUAGCGUCAAACAUAAUUCGGGCUUCUUUCUAACUUGGGUGGUGAUUGAAAUAUUGCUAAGAGCGUUUCCCUACCGGCGUGAUUCAGAAGUGUCCACUGUUUGGCAACAUACAGUACAAGCUUGAAAAAGUGUCGUUCUUACCGUGGGGGUGGUGAAUUACCUGAAUCUCCAGACGGGGAUGCUGCCAGUGCGUGUGUGAUUGAUUUACGAGGGCAAGUUGCUUCGUUGUAAAUCGGUCAAUCAGAAAGAAAAUAUAUAAAAAACGAAUCCCGCAGAAUCUCAACCAUCAAGAGCAAAAGAAACUGUUCUCACGUGCGUUCAAGUUGUCCAACUCGCGGUGAAAGAUUUAGGGACCGCCCCUCGGCGCGAAGUGUUGUAUGUGAGUGUUGUUGGUGUUUCUGGUUGUGGAAGCCCGUCGGGAGCGCAAGGAAUUUUUACGCCCAGUGGGUGUCGAUUGGUGGCAGUGUGAAAGGAAAAACAAAAUAAGCCGAAAGGUUCCGCGCGGAAAGUUGAUUCUCGUUCCUGAUAAAUUUUAAUUGUGCGAAACGAAACACUACUGUGGCAGUUUUACAGUGGUACCCAUCGGGAAGUGGAAUGUUUUGAAGGGUCGUUAAAUCAGUUCGAGUUGAAUGGCCUGCAAGUGUUGAAAAGGAAGAGAACAGAUACUGAAUUGCGUAUCUUUGAAGGAAGGGAAGAUAUUUUCUGCCUGAAUGAGGCUUAUGGAAUGGUUCUGGAGCCCCCCACUGAAUCGAAUGGACAACUCAAUCGAUUUCCACUAAAUGUAUAACAAUUUUAUUAUCAAUAGAAAGUUAUCGUAGUGAUCGGUGCUUGUUUCACAAAGUGUAUAGUCAUUUUGAAAGUGGAAGUUUGAAAAAAAUUGUUUCCAAUUAUUAAAACAUAGUUGGUGAAUUGUGCAUUAAGUGGAUUUGAAAAUCUGAAAAGCAGUUGUUGUGCUGAGAGAAAUUGAGGCAGAUUUAUUUCAACAACAAAGCUAGAAAAGAUUACGCCACCGCCAGGAUGAAGAUGUCAAAAUUAUCCAAUCAAACCAAUUCGCAAGAUCCGCAGGCAGUGAACUCGCGAGUGUUUGUCGGCAACUUGAACACCUUCCAGUGCUCCAAGACGGACGUCGAACGGAUGUUUCAACGCUAUGGACGUUUGGCAGGAAUAUCCAUGCACAAGGGCUACGCAUUUGUACAGUUUACGAACCCUUUCGAUGCACGCAAUGCCUGUCACGGUGAAGACGGGCGGACAGUCCUCAGCCAAACGUUGGACGUCAACAUGGUAGCCGAACCAAAACCACAUCAAACGGGCAGGAAGCGGCAGAACAAAUCCAAAACUGGAAACGAUUGGGAUUACUACUAUGACAGUUACUACGCAUCAACACUUUUCGGUCCAAUUCAGCAGCAGCCCACCUCCCAGCCACGGCCCAUGAAGCGACAGCGAUUGAUGGCCCCGAGCCGGCUGGCACUGACAGGCAAAUUGAAUGGCGCUGGCAUGCUGGCUGCGGGACCCCAGGUACCACCCCAGCAGCAAUCGCAACACCCCACACAGCAGCAGCUACAGAUGGCCGCCGUGGCAGCGGCAGCAACAAGUCCUUCGGCAGCCGCAGCAGCAGCCGUGGCAGCCAGUCUUGGAGGGUACUACGGCAACGGCAACGGAUCGCUGAUUGGAAAUGGUUUGAGCAAUGGCUGCAUGACCAGCAAUGGAUACAUCAAUAACAACAGCUACCUGAUGAACGGCGAAGUCAAUGGUACCAUGUCCGGCUAUACCAAUGGGCAGCACGUCGUGGGACCGUUCAAAGUUUACAGCAAUCCGGAUACACUGAUUUGUGGCAACUGUCGGGAAAUGUUCACGGAUUUGACCGAGCUUUUGGAUCACAAAAAAUCCUACUGCAAGCUCCGGUUCACCUGCAAGUGCGUUUCGCCACUGACUGCCACCAAGAACAAAAGCAACCCCCCAUCGGCGAAACUACUCUGUGUGGCCUGCAAGGAUUCGUUCUCCAACCCGUGGGAUCUGAUGGUUCACGCCCAGGCAGCCCACAUGGUAAACAUCUACGAACUAGGCGAUUCGUCAGACGAGGACAAAGCUUCCUCCAUGAGUGGAAGUUCAGACUCACUGGCAGAUCCAACUGUCAUCAGUGAUUCCAUCGCUGCCAGUUCCCCGAAGCGUUUGACCAUCUGCAGUGAUAAGAUUGACGAAACCAACGGAGUGCAUCACGAGGAAAACGGGGAUCACCAACAGAAGGACAAAUCCUCCGAGCAGAACGAGGACUCCGACGCUGGCUGUAGUACCAAUGGGCUGCAAACUGCUUCCUCCACCGAAGACAUCCAUUCGGAAAAUGGUGCCGAGCCAGCAAAAGUCAACGGUCAUUCGCCCUGCAACGGUAGCGGACAGUCGCCCACAAUGGUUUCAUCGAUACAAGUCAACAACAGUGGCGAUUCCCAGCCAACACGUGCCUGCAUUAUGACUGCCCUCAGCAUAGACACAAAAUCCAACCCGGAAGCAACUGUCGCACUGCAAAUGGUCACAUCAUCACUUGGCAUAUCGCUAACUAAUGGAACCACCGUGGCAGCCGCCACUCAGUAAGUCCACCGCCCAGCAGCUUAUGAGCUGGCCUCUGAGGUCUCCGCCGUUUUAAUCUUUCCCUAAAACACUACGGCAAGUAGCCCAACUCCAAUAAAUGCGAACCAACCUGCAGCGUGGACUGGAUCGGCAUUAUUUGAGUAUACGGUCUUAGAGCUCUAUUUUAUUCAAUGCAUAAACUAUGUAACAUAAUAGUAAAAACUGUUUCUGUUUCUGUACUAUUAUAGUAGGGUUAAGCAACUACUUUUACACACGUAGCUAUAUUGUACAACACAUGACCCAACAAAAACAACACAUCAACUGUUCUUCUAACCAGUAAACGAAAAGUAUUUCCCACCGCCAAGUCGGUGGGACGACGAGGAAAACCGAAUUCCGGGGGCAAACUGAAAGGGUUUUUCGAAAACAAAAAAAACAUGAGAAAUUAAGAGCUUAUGGACGAUUCUGUUUAAUGUAGUAUUUUUGCCAGAAGAUAUUUAAGAAGUUUAGUUGAUUCGAUUCUCGGUGGAUCCCGUUGAGGAGUAAUCCGGAAGAAUCACUUAAAGUAAGGUAGUUAGGAAUGAAAUUAAACUAACCCUAUGUGGUUUUGUUGUUACUGAGGAAAAUAAAACAAAAGCCGACCAACCAUUGUAACUUACAUUAUCGGGAGUGGUUUGAAUUUCUCUGAGAAAUGACGAAGUAGAUCAAAACAGAACUUUCAUGUACAUAUCAAAGCAGUGAUCUAAACAGAUGAAACCUGGUACAGCGAUUGGAAUGUGGAACGCAACAAAUGUAUCCUAUAAAUAGUAAUAGAAACGAAGAUAUUUACGAACAAAUGAGUGUAAAUACCAAACUAAACGUAAGACACGACUAUCAACUUUAAUCCCAUCACUUGUAAAAAGAAAGAGAAA